AUGGAAGUACCAUUAUUUCGACAACAGUUAUUACAGAACUUAAAACAGCUGGACAAAUCACAGCAAGUCACAUUAGCCAAUACCAAGGAUACAGUGUUACCAAAAGAGCAUCAUGGAUCAGGAACUACUCCACUGAUAAUACCUUGUCAUAAUGGGUAUACUGAUAUGGUACAGUGGAUGUUACAGAAUGAUGUGGAUGUGAAUCAAUGUCGAGACGAUGGGGUUUCUGGACUGAUGAUGGCAAGUGAGGAAGGACAUACUGAUAUAGUAAUAAUGUUGUUAGAGAGGAAUGCUGAUAUAAACCUAUGUAACAAAAAUGGCUGUAGUGCAUUGUUCAUGGCCAGUCAGAAUGGACAUACUGAUAUAGUAAAGUUGUUGUUAAAGAGGAAUUCUAACGUUGAUCUACGUAACACAAAUGGCUGCAGUCCUCUGUGCAUGGCAAGUCAGAUUGGACAUACUGAUAUAGUAAAGUUGUUGUUAGAGAGGAAUUCUGACGUUAAUCUAUGUUACAAUACAGGCGGUAGUCCUUUGUACAUGGCAAGUGAGAAUGGGCAUACUGAUAUAGUAAUGCUGUUGUUAGAGAGGAAUGCUGGUAUUGAUCGAUGUGACAAUGAUGGCUGUAGUUCUCUGUUCAUGGCAAGUCAGAAUGGACAUACUGAUAUAGUAAAGUUGUUGUUAGAGAUGAACCCUAACGUUGAUCUUUGUCGCAAUGAUGGUCUUAGUCCUCUGAGCAUAGCAAGUCAGCAAGGACAUACUGAUAUAGUAAGAUUACUGUCAGAAAAAAAAUCCCCAGAGUUGAUCUUUUUUGAUGAUGGUCUUUUUUAA